AUGUAUCAUUACUCCAGCCCACCACCCGGGUGGACUGCCUACGACUACACCCAGUCGCCACCCACCUCGCCUUACUACGCUCAAUAUGCCUCGCAAUAUGCCAACACCUAUGCUUCACCCCGAGGAACAGGAACAUCGCGACGACACACCCGCAAGGCCAGCUACACGGCCACCAAAGAACCGGGCUGGUACUCGGGCUACCCGCAAAGUUACUACGAACCCACGCCCGACUACGGCAUCCCGUCGCGAAAGCACGAUCAUGUAAGUGCUUCCUUUGCGGCAAUGCCGAAACACCGUCGCACCCACACAACCGACUAUCCGACGGGGGGUGGCUUUGGUUCCGGGUUCGCAUUUGGAUUCGACUCGCAAUCGCAGCAACGACCCAUCUUUGUUGAUGUGGGCGGAGAUGCAUUCGAUGUUCAUCUCCCACGCUGCGCCUUUCGCGAAGCCCGUCCGGCUCGCUCUGGCCGCCCCCCGGCCUCGACCUUCAAACAUGCAGACCAGACCCGUGAGGGUCCGGCCAAGCAUCGUCGCACCACAUCGGCUUCGCACCGCAAAUCAAACCCAGCCGCUGAUUCUCACUUUUACUUCAACCAGGUUCCUAACAACGAGGAUUACGAAUCAGCGGCCCGUCGCACUCGUCACCGUCGCCAGUCCACUUCAACCCGCACUCCCAACAAGCCCAAGCCUGCGCCCGCCUCUAAGCCGCCACCCGUCGCCACCGAGGAGGAUGCCGAGAACGCAGGCAUCCCACCCGGCUAUUCGAUCAAGAACUGGGACCCAACGGAGGCUCCUAUCAUUCUUCUAGGCAGUGUAUUCGACGCCAACUCCCUCGGCAAGUGGAUCUACGACUGGACGGUUUUUCACCAUGGCGCAUCGACACCCAUGGCUGACGUGGCAGGCGACCUGUGGCUAUUGCUGAUCAAGUUGGCGGGAAAGGUGAAGCGAGCGGACGAGUGUCUCCCGCGCAUCCAGCGCGUCGAGGCGCAGGAGGUCGUCGAGGACUUUUUAGAAAGUGGCGACCGCCUCUGGAACCGAUUCAAGAAGCUGCUCAAGGCAUGUGAGCUAUACAUGUGGAAAGCCGCUAAAAGGGAAAGUGGUGGCAAAGGUGCGCCCGUAUCGAUGGGCCGCAAUUCAGGCUGUGAAUUUGUCGAGUCGAUCUUCGGCCGCGAUCGCGAGCUGGAGAAUACCGAGAAGCUGAUGAAUAGUAUUCGACUUUGGAACAUGCGAUUCGACGCCAACUGUGAGGAAAUCUUGCGCCGUCCGUCGGCCAAAUAG